CCUAGGCCUGCGGCCGCCCUGGCCGGGUUUCCGCUCGCCGUGGUGUCAUGGGGCAGCCGCCGCCGCCGCUGUCGCCGCCUCUUUGCACGCUGCCGCCGGGCCCCGGGCCCCCGCGCUUCGUGUGCUUUUGCGAGGGGGAGGGAAGCGAGGACGGGGGCCCCGGCGACUUCAACCUCUAUGUGACCGACGCCGCGGAGCUUUGGAGCACCUGCUUCACGGCGGACAGCCUGGCGGCCCUCAAAGCCCGUUUUGGCCUGAGUGCGGCUGAGGAGAUCACCCCCCGGUUCAGGGCAGCCUGCGAGCAGCAAGCUGUGACUUUCACCCUGCAGGAGGACGGAGCGUCCCUAAUCCUCUCCGGGGGGCCCUCAGCACUGGACUUUGACCUCUCCAAGGUGCCGGGCCCAGAGGCAACUUCCAGGUUGCAGGCGCUGACACUGAGCCUGGCCGCCCAAGUGUGCACCUUGAAGAGCCAGCUGGCAGCUGUGGAGGUGACAGCUGCCAGCCCCAGAAAGAGCCCUUGUCUGGUGGGGCCUCAGCUCUUCUUACCAGACCCGGAUCCUCAGAGAGGCGGCCCUGGACUCGGGGUCAGGAGGCGGUGUCCAGGAGAGUCCCUCAUCAACCCUGGCUUCAAGAGUAAGAAGCCAGCCAGCGGUGUAGACUUUGAGAGCCCCUGAAGGUGCAGCAGAGUGUGACCCUGCCAGGAAUCUGCCUGUGAGGUGGGAAUAGCCUCUGAGACCCCAUAAUCGCCACCUGCCCAUCCUGCUGUGCGGUGGGAACACACCUGCUCCUCAAACCCCUUCUCCAUCAAAUAAAUGCUUCCUCAGAGGAA